ACCCAUUUAACUCUGGUCGGGUCAGAGUGCGCUCGCAUCCAUGACGUCACGACGGUGCUCGGUCGGAACGCGGAAGCGGAAGCGGGAGUCAGCGACUGGAAGCUUUCUCGGGAAGAAGAUCAUUUGAGGAGACCAACAUGUGGCCAAAUCAAGGACCUCCAUACGCAGGACCUCCAGCCGCUCAGCCGCCCAAUCCUGCCUAUCCUGCCCCUCCAAACCCAGCAUAUCCAGCCAUGCCCAUCCCAUCCUACCCACCUGGACCCAACCCCAUCUAUCCGCCCGGCAUGAACCAGCCCUCAGCCAUCCCUUACACCACCCCGUACCAGCACCCGUUCCCCCCCGCCGUGGCCGGGCCACAUCCACCGUUCCCUGGAGCUGGACACCCCUGCCCCAUCCCGCAGUAUGGGGGUCCCCCGGCCGGGAUGAGCGCACCUGGACAUAAGAAACACAAGAAGAUGAAGAAGAUGAAGAAAGGGCAUAAAGCUAACAAGGAGCAUAAACACAUGAAGCACGGCAAGCACUCCUCGAGCAGCAGCAGCAGCAGCAGUGACUCGGACUGAAGAGCAGCUCUGAACACAUUCACAGCCUGGGUUCCUCUGAUUCACCCAUCAGCCCUGCGGCGAUAAACACACGCAGUGAUGGAUAGCACUUAAGCACAUGCGUGUUUCUAUGAGUCUGAAUGCUCUUCUUAAUUAAAGAUCUAUAACUAA